GUAUGAGUACUCUCAUCUUCACUGGUGGACCAAUUGACAGCUCUGCUGCUGCCGCUGCCUUAAUUAACCUUAUAGUUAUUGUUAUUGCUGCUAUCUCUUCUUGUUCUUCACUUGGAGAUUUCACCCUCUCCCUCUGCCUUUCACUAUCAGGGAUUUCUUUUACCAUAUGAUUUCUUCAAUUGCAAGAGCAAAAGCAAAAGCAAAAGCAGCAGAAGUGUGCUGAUAUGUUGAGGAACAACAAUGUGGUUGCCAGGAUUUUUCAGCGCCAAAUCCAAACUCCUCCUCCUGGAACCAGCGUUCAUUGUGCUCGGCGAUUCUAUGAGAAUUUAGUGCCUAGUUUUACCAUAUAUGAUGUUGAAUGCCCCGAUCAUUCAUUCCGCAAAUUCACCGAUGAUGGUCAAUACCUCAUUAGUUUUAGCAGAAAUCACCAGGAUCUCAUUGUUUAUAGACCCACUUGGCUCUCCUAUUCCUACAAACAAGAAGAUUGUCAUCUUCCAUCUAGAGCUAAGAGGUUCGACAGCUUCUUCACUCAACUCUACUGUGUCCCCCUUGCUUCCAGCAAUGAGGUUAUUUGCAAAGAUUUCUUUCUAUAUGUCAUCACCAACCAGUUCGGACUCUUUGCUACUUCCACUGCUCAAAUUCAUGAUGCACCUGCUAUAGGAGGAGCUAUUCAAGGAGUCCCUUCCAUAGAAAGAAUUACUUUUCACCUCUUGAGGUUGGAAGAUGGGGUGAUACUAGAUGAGAAGGUCUUUCGCAAUGAUUUUAUUAACUUGGCUCAUAACAUGGGUGUCUUCCUGUAUGAUGAUUUACUGGCCGUUGUGUCGCUUCGCUAUCAGACAAUAUACAUUCUCCAAAUUAGGGAAUCUGGUAACCUUGUUGAUGUGCGUGCGAUAGGUGCAUUUUGUCGUGAAGAUGAUGAACUUUUUCUUAAUUCUAACAGUCAGUGCAUGGCAGUGGCUGACAGAAGUAAACUGCAUCAAUCAUCUGGGAAUCAUGUCGAUAAUGGUGUCCAUAGUAAUCAGCUGAAUUCAGACAAUUCUUUUCUUUGUGGCAUUAAACAACGCUUGCUCUCAUUCAUUUUUCAAGGAAUAUGGAGUGAAGAAACUGAUAAAUUCCAGAGGGUCCAGUGCUUGAAGAAGAAAUUCUAUUUCCAUUUUCAAGAUUAUGUCGACUUGAUUAUUUGGAAGGUACAAUUCUUGGAUCGUCAUCAUUUGCUAAUCAAGUUUGGGAGUGUUGAUGGAGGGCUUCAGGUAUCACGAAGUGCUGAUCACCAUGCAUCAUUCUUUGCUGUAUAUAACAUGGAGACAACUGAAAUCGUUGCGUUUUACCAGAAUUCAGCAGAUGAGCUUUAUCUCCUGUUUGAGCAGUUCUGCGACCACUUCUAUGCUAUGUCAAGAAAUUCAUCUUACAUGAAUUUCAUAUCAUCACACUCAAAUAACAUCCAUGCUCUUGAGCAACUACGGUCCAUCAAGUAUAAAGCCAGCAGUCUUUCACAGUUUGUGAAGAAGAUGCUGACAUCUUUACCUUUCAGUUGUCAAUCACUGAGUCCUUCACCCUAUUUUGAUCAAUCUCUCUUUCGGUACGAUGAAAAGCUGAUAUCUGCGACUGACCGGCAUAGACCAUCGACAGAUCAUCCUAUCAAGUUCAUUUCUAGAAGGCAACCACAUACCCUAAAAUUUAAGAUUAAGCCAGGUCCUGAAGCUGGAAGUUUAGAUGGUCGAACAAAAAAGGUGUCGUCAUUCCUGUUCCAUCCUUUUUUACCCCUGGCUCUUUCCAUUCAGCAGACGCUGUUCUUGCAACCAUCAGUGAAUAUUCACUUUCGAGGGUGAAGAUAUCUCCUAAUCUUGGAUGUCAAUCUUCCAUUUGUAAGCAGCCUCUAUUUUGAGAUGAAAUUCGAGAGAGAGAGAGAGAGAGAGUACACUAGUCAAUAGCUUUUUCUUUGACUACAAAUCCUGUUUAUCUAUAGGGCUUGUAACAUUAUGCUUAUCAAAGUGGCAUGUAUUUUUCCGAA